ACCUGUCAUUAGUUAGUACUUCCUGAAACAGUCACACCCCACAACCACUUCAAUGGAGAAAGCCACAAAACCCAACAUGAACUCUUCUGAAUCAGAUCCUCCUGAAGUAGUGCUCAAUGCGAUUCGAUCACGUCGUCUACCCACUGAUCCCACCAUCCUCAUCAAUUGGGUCAAUGCCCUGAUCCGUGGAAAAGUUCAGACCAUGGAUGAGUUGCGGAGUGGAGUGGUCUACUGCCAGCUACUAAAUAGCCUUUAUCCCGGAUCGGUCAAGGUGGAGAAUCUCCACAACCAUCCGAUGUCCUUGUGGGAACACAACUAUCGAAAGUUUCGGGAGGCGCUGGACUCGUUGGGACUUGAACCCCAUUUGGAUGCACCGAAACUGAUGAGGGGCAGCUCCAUGGACAGUACCUAUAUGCUUCACUUCUUUAUUGAUCUCUAUAAUAUGCAUAUAGGACUGUCCAUGGAGCGGCGCCGCGGGAGGAGAGUGGAAGCGGCUCAAAAAAAGAAGGAGAAGCCCAAGGAUCCAGUAACUCCAGAGCCUGUGACGCCAGAGCCCAAGAACUCUGCCAUCUAUGAUCUAUUUCAAUGGUUUAAAAAUAUAAUCUUGGGGCAGGAUAUUCCACCGCCACCACCCACUGCCGCGGUUAAGCCACCUCCGCCCAAAAAGUCCAAGGAAGAGGCGCAAAAAGACUUUGAUCGUCAGGUGAGAUUGUUGCUCUUUGAACCGGUGCCACUGUCGGAGUUUAAGGCACAGAUGGAGAGACAGAAGGGCGGAGCAGUCGAGAGUCACGGUCGCCAGGAUAAUCGGCUUCAAGAGGCAGAACGCCGACAACGACGCCAGGAUCACGAGCAACUUCAUCAUCUGGUAGAUGCUUGUUUGCAACUCCGAAAUGGUCAUCAGCUGAUGCAGGAACUUUGGAUGCAGAGUCGCCAAAAGCGACUUAGAGAGGCUAACAAGCGCUGAACUAUGACCUUUGCUUAGUUUUGUUGGUGUUUACUAGUUUUGUUGGUUGUAUGAGGCAAGCUAAAGGAGGCAGGCUCAUUGGUUCAAACACUAUCUAAGUCACGGUCGCCAUGUCACGGUCGCCAAAAUAGAAAACUUUAUAAAGCAAAGCUUCAACAGGAUCCUGAUCAUCUCUAGUCUCUGCUAGAGGCAGAGCUCAUUGGUUCAAACACUAGCUAAGUCACGGUCGCCAUGUCACGGUCGCCAAGUCACGGUCGCCAAGUCACGGUCGCCAUGUCACGGUCGCCAAGAUAGAAAACUUUAUAAAGCAGAGCCUCAGCAGGAUCCUGGUCAUCUCUAGUCUCUGCUACAAGACCUUGAGCUUCAAGUCUUCAAAGAAACAUCAUCUGACCUUCGACCUUUAUAUAUUUUUUAUAAACAUCUCUUUUUCGCUGACUCUUCUUUCCUUUCCGGCUGUCAGCUGUCGCCAUUUAAUAGACUCCUCCAUCCCGACUA